GGGGCUAAAUAAUUUAUCAAGUAGUAUAAUUUUACCCUUUUUUAGGAUUAAAUUGAUUCCAAAAAUUUGGGUCUACGAUUCUGAGCAAUUUAUAAAGACAGCGUUUAGAGUUAUUGGCACACCCUUCCAUUUGUGCUGCGCAAAAAUCUGUAAAAUCUGCAUUCCCAAAUCUCUAGACUGUAACGUUUCCAAGACCUCGGCGUUCAUACGGACAGACAGUCAGACGGGCAUGACUUCUCCCACUGUGCAAGUGGUCCUAUUCAUGAGUAUAAAUACUAUAUAAGAUCGCAAACGUAACCUAUUAGAUACUUUCCGACAAGCAAACCCUUAUAGUCUAAAAGUAAGAAGCGUACAAAAACAUUAUUGCUCUUUAUUUUUUGUUAGACUGUCGUGUUUUUAAAGAUGACUGCUGGCAGCAUUGCUAUACAUUAAGCUUUGUGAUUUAUCAAAGUUUUAAAAAGCUGCUGAUCGACGUUGGCGUAAGGAAAUUAAAAAUGUUUACAUUUGAGCAGGCUUGCCGAAUAAAUUCAUGGAGAGACCUCAAAUUUCAAAAUUCAUACAUCAUCCCACCAUUAUCACAACAAGCUAACUAAACAUAAACACGAGAAUUCCAAGGAUGGAAAACCUCACGUUAGCGGAAGUAGAAAACCACACGCUGCAAAGAUACGACGGAAAAACGGGCUUCCUGUGGAUAUUCGCUUGCAUCUAUGUCCUUUCCAAACUGACCCAACUUUUGGAACGGGUCCUCGAGCAGCGGUUACUCGGCCAAAGGCAAUGGUUUGACGUGCGCUCAAUCAAAACUGAAUGGGAGCUUACCGUCCAACUGUAUGAGGAUGACAAGCGCGAGCUGGACGCACAGGUACGGGAGCUGCGUGAAAAGAACCUUAAUAUGGAGCGCAUCAUGGUCGACCUGCGCGAUUGCAACAUCCACUUAAUAAGCGAGAACUUUAUACGGUCCGUGAUGCAUAAUCAGAGGAUUCGCCCACCACAGUCGAACCUCUGCUUCAGCCACACCCAUUUUCACCUUACACGCCAGGUGUUCGCAAACGAGAGUUAUAUCGAUCUUUACGAUAAUUACGCCGGCGGAAAGGAUACCGACUUUAAGGGCUCUAGGGGGGGAUCUGAAUGUCUGCUCUACCUCAAGAUGCGCAAACGCUAUCUAGGCCCGAUCGCCGAUCCAAAUUUAACAACUCCGUGCAGUUCUGAGCAUAUGCUUCCCAUUGUUAUGUCUACCGAGAAGUUGGCCAAUUUGCAGGGUAUGAUCUAUAUAUAUGGACGUUGAUGCACUUCGAACAGUACAAACAAGUGGCCCUACGACACCAAGCAUGUGCUUGUUACGCGCGGGGCCCUUUUAUGAAUUUGGGCAAAAAAUGAGAGUUCGCGAGGAAGAUACAUAAGACAAAUAGAGACUAAGAAUUAAGCAAAUGAGUUAAAAUAUUAGUUUUUAAUACCGGGAUAGAUGUUGAAAUGCAAAUUAAAUGAUAAAGUUUUUUAUAGUUAUUACAUAGAACGCGAAAGAGCUCGUGCAGACAACAAUUUGAUGUACAUCGUGGCAAAUUAAGAGGAUAAUAAUUUUGUGUUAGUCUAACAGGAACGUUGAAUGUUAGGCGGUUUAACAGAUCUGCAGAAUCAAUGUCACCUCUUAUAAGAUUUUGUAUAAAAAUAGUACCAAGCAUUUUUCUACGAUUUACUAGUGUAGGUAAAUUAAGCAA